UGGCAUCACACUAGUUGCUUGCUGAAAAAUAACUUUACCUUCCUUCCACUUGAUCGAGCAAGUAAAAUCUUAAGAGAUCGAACUGGGUCGUUGAAGAUGUUUACGGGCUUUCCUGUAUUUUUGUCAUGGCUUCAUUACACCUAUUUGUGUGAGGCUACAUGGCCCGCUUACUAGGGAGGGGUGCAGCUGCUCUUUGCAUACCACAGCGUCUGAUGAUCAUUGAAACGGGACCGGCGCUAGCUAGAGUGAUUUGAAAAAGGUGGGAAGCACAGAUCUGUGUCAGACACGCCUGAUUAGCACAAUUUAAAUUGACGUUGACAAAGACUUUCAGACACCCCGAUACAAAAUGGAUCAUAAUAGAAGGCCCAAUAGGCCUGCUGAAACUGUUGACAUUUGUAAAUCUGUUCGUUAUUGUGUACUAACAAGAACACUGGGAUUUUAUAAACAAAUCCGAGACAUUUUGUCCCAGUAUAAAAUUCGCGUAAAUCGCCUGCAGCUGUAAUUGUUGCUAUUUAAGUAAAGAGACUGCUAGUCGUUUAAGUCCUUCGUAUUUCCUUCAAAUUGGCAAUGGAACAAACGCCAGGCUCCUAAAAUCUGCAGUAAUUAGCCCUCAAGUAGCUUAUUAAACCUCUUCACCUUUAGGUUACCCUUUUCAAAGACAUUUGGGGUAAACGCUGUUCUUUUAAUUGCUGUUAUUAAAAAAUCAAUUCCCUUUUCCCACUGACUCCAAACUGGUUUUGAUUGACAUCGGAAAUUGAUAUGUGGAGGGGAAAAAACCUUUGUUAAGCAGUUCCGAAUCCUAAAUGCAGAUCUUAACAGAAUAAUAAACUGAGUAUAACCAUUUCUUCGAGAGGCUUCUGUUUUUUUUUUCGUCAUGUCUAAAGAUUGCGAAGGAGCAGAGACCGGGGCUUUCGGAAGAAGUCGGGAGCACAGAACUGAGACAGAAUUGAACACACCAGAAGACGUUUUUGAGGAUUCCUGUUCUCUUUCACCUUCACUGUCUCCGUCGUCCUCUCCUCCGGGAAUGGCCUCCACUUCUCUCUUGGGAAAGUCGGUUUGUACGAGCUGUGGUCUGGAAAUUGUGGACAAAUAUUUGUUGAAGGUGAAUGAUUUGUGUUGGCAUGUCCGUUGUCUGUCGUGCAGCGUAUGCAGAACAUCAUUGGGUCGACAUACCAGUUGCUAUAUCAAAGAAAAGGAAGUAUUCUGUAAAUUAGACUAUUUCAGAAGAUAUGGAACACGCUGUGCUCGCUGCGGGAGACACAUACACUCGACGGACUGGGUGCGAAGGGCUAAAGGGAAUGUCUACCAUUUAGCCUGCUUUGCCUGCUUCUCCUGCAAAAGGCAGCUGUCCACUGGGGAGGAGUUUGCUUUAGUAGAGGAGAAAGUCUUGUGUCGAAUUCAUUAUGACUGCAUGAUAGACAAUCUUAAGAGAGCUGUGGAAAAUGGAAACGGGGUAAAUGUAGAAGGAGCUUUGCCGACAGAACAGGAAGUUAACCAACCCAAGCCAGCAAAGAGAGCACGCACCAGCUUCACAGCGGACCAGCUUCAGGUAAUGCAAGCACAGUUUGCCCAGGACAACAACCCCGAUGCACAAACGCUGCAGAAACUCGCUGAAAGAACAGGACUCAGCAGGCGUGUCAUACAGGUUUGGUUUCAGAACUGUCGAGCCCGUCAUAAGAAACACGUUAGCCCCAACCAUGCCUCCACUGCUCCAGCGUCCAUGCAGCCUUCUCGUCUUUCCUCUCCAAUGUUGGAGGAAAUGGCGUAUCCAGCCUACGUAUCUCCAGAUGGCCCAAUGCUGACAGCUUUGCACUCUUACAUGGACGCUCACUCCCCAUCAUCCUUGGUGUUUCAACCCCUGCUUCCACACAGCAUGGCAACGUUACCAAUCAGCCAUGCCUGAUUCACCUUUGUGUAUUCCCAGCAGUGAGCAGCUGCUAUCUAUUCAGGUUGGAAGCUUAAAGAAGUGCAUGGAUAAUGACAGGUCUAAAAGAAAAAA